UUAACCCGUAUUGGCUGGCUAAUUGUUUUGAUUUUGCUGGCUUUUUUUUCCCUUUCUCUUGAAAAUCAUCGCGUUAAAGAAAGGGGUUGUAUAUGCAAAGCACAUGUAUAUGUAACAGGCGCACACCUCCUGAGGACUUUCUCAGCCGUAAAUAACCCUGUGUUGGGCGUUUUGGGGCGUUGCUGGUGACAAAGAUGCUCUUCCCCGGGUGAGCUAAGGGUUAUCCCGUCUUUGUGUCUGGAUCGCCACCAAACGGCCCCUAACCCGAUAAAACCGGUGAUAAUUGCCGGCUGUUUGUCCUCGAGGAGUGUAAAACGGUGACUUUUUUCCAAUGGGGGAGGAAAAGCCGGACACGCUGGACUUUGUGAAGGAUUUCCAGGAGUAUCUGAGCCAGCAGACCCAGCAUGUCAACAUGAUAUCAGGCUCUGUCAGCGGAGUCAAGGAGGCAGACGAGCUGCCUGCAGUUAAUUUUGCUAAAAUGCUGCCUGCAGACUGCAGUCAGAAUGGGCUGGAUCACCCCUCAGUGGACAUGUCCCUGGAGGACAACUCUGGGAUCUUGGUGGAUGGUUUUGAGAGGACCUAUGAUGGGAAGCUAAAGUGCCGCUACUGCAACUAUGCCACCAGAGGCACUGCACGGCUCAUUGAACAUAUCCGAAUUCACACGGGAGAAAAACCUCAUCGCUGCCACCUCUGCCCAUUUGCUUCAGCCUAUGAGCGGCACCUGGAGGCCCACAUGCGAUCGCACACAGGCGAGAAGCCCUACAAGUGUGAGCUGUGCUCCUUCCGCUGCAGCGACCGUAGCAACUUGUCACACCAUAGACGCAGGCGUCACAAACUUCUACCAAUGAAAGGCGCCCGCGCACUUUCCCACAAGAAAAUGCUGAGUGUAUUACAGAAAAAAGCUAGCUCAUUGGGCUAUGGCCGACGGCUCCUUGUCAACUUUAGCCCCCCUUCUAUGGUGGUGCACAAGGCUGACAAUGUGAACGACUUCUCCCAUGAGCUGCCCCACUUACGUCAGGAGACCUAUGACGGUCAAAGUCGAGCAGUCGAGGAUGGACUAUCCACAAAUCAAAAUCACCAUCGUCUCGAUAUGGUCAUGGACAACCCCUUGAACCAGUUGUCAACGUUGGCAGGCCAGUUGGCGAGUCUCCCAUCUGAGUCCCAGACCCAGAGUCAGCCCCCCAUGUCUCCAGAGUCUGUUGUGGAUGAGAAACCUUUCCUCAUCCAGCAGCCGCAUCCCGCCACAGCUCCCGUGGCUGUCACAGCCAGCAUGGCUCAUGCUUCUUCCUCAUCUCCAGUCACCCCAGAACCCAGGGCUCCUGCGCACAGUAACUGCAGUCCUGGAGGCGGACCGUGCAGCGAUCACAGUGGGCACAUGAGCACUCCCAGUAUCUCCAACAGCCAGCCCAGCACACCGGCGCCCGGCAUGUCCGCCCCACUUCAGGACCCUCACAUGCUUCAUCACUGCCAGCACUGUGACAUAUUCUUCCCAGACAACAUCCUGUUCACCAUCCACAUGGGUUGCCAUGGAUACGAAAACCCAUUCCAGUGCAACAUCUGCGGCCACAAGUGCAAGAGCAAGUAUGACUUUGCCUGCCACUUUGCUCGUGGCCAGCACAAGUAAAGGCCGAGCAAGGAAAACUUUGAAAGAUGUUUUACUGGACAGUUACUGGAUAGUUUUAUUUAUGGGUUUUUCUCUUGGCCUUUUAUGUAGCUCUGUCUUUGAUAGAUGUAUUUACACAGGUCUGGGUGUUGAAUAACUUAAACCUGGACAAAAGUCGUUAAUACUUCCUGUGAAGUGGUUACAUGAAUACAGGGAAACAAAGACAAUAAGGGAACUAGUUGUUUGUGGAUCCAAGUGGGUCACAAAUUAAUUCGCAAACAGUCCUGAAACUACAUCUACUUAUGCUCUGAUUUAAACUUGGAGUUGGCCUUGGGUGAUCUCACUUAAGCCUUGUUGAAGUUAUUUCCUAACUUGGUGCAUUAUUACUAUUUUUUGCAGUGCCUGACAGUCAUUUUCUUAUGUUUCUGAGUUGGAGAGGACUGUUAAUUCAAAGACUAGUGUACAAUAGCUAGACCCAAAACCUUAAAAAAAAUUACUGUAGUUUUACCAUGUUGGCUAUAUUAUGUUUUUCUUUUCUUUUUUUAAAAAUAAAUAUUGCCAAAAUUGUUUUUCAAGACUGCUGCUAAGAAACUAGAGGCAAUGCCAGCUGUACUGUGUCUGUUGCAUCAGCAGUAAAACCUGGCCAACGUUGCUUUUGGUGUUUUUUUGGGGGGGGGGUCAAUAAGCUGCUUUUGUUCUGUCAUUUAAAGUUCCUCCAUGCAGUGACCUACAAUACCGAUAACAAGGUAACUGACCAUGUUAAAAGAGCUUUGGUUUAAAGGGUUUUAUCCUGUUUAACAUGAGAUUGGAUCAAGUUAUUUUAAUAUGGAGCAUCUUUGUUCGGAACAGAAUCACAAAGUCUUGUGUUUCAUGUAAACGUAUCCCCCCUCAGAAUUGCCACGUAGUACUGAAGAUGCAACUUUCAAACUUUGUGGUGACUCACACUUUGUGAUCACAUUGAUCAGACGGAGCCCAGUUCUUUCCUGAAUAUUUAACCCAGUAUUGUAUUCUGAAUAAUUGGAUAGAUGUUCAGUGUCAAAAAAAAAAAAAUCAAAUUGUAUUGCAGUAAGAUGUGCUACUUUAGCAAGGUUGUCUUUUGUCUUGGGUAAUGUUGUCUGUUGCAUAGCAACAUGUGUGGAGGAAAUAUUUACUGUUUUAUGAAGCACCUCCUUGUUACCAUACUUAUCAGUAAUUGGGAUAUCCAGUAAUGGCUGCCUUAUUUUUGUUUGUGUCGUAGAUUUGUGAGUAACGGUGAAUGUUAAAGCCUUCUGGCAUUCUCUUUGAAAUGAAACGGCAGAUCAUUUUAUUGUGAGAUGGUUUAAAUUGACUAAUUUAUAAGUAAAGUGUUUUCUAACUCAGCUUCAUGUUUUGUUUUCUUUUCCCCCAGUGUCAAAAACACAAGUUAAUAGAAGUCAAAUUUAAUGGUAAGGUGAGUGUGGUGUAAUGAAGUACACAAACACAGACAGAUCUUUUGAGGAUGCGUUUAAUUGAGUAAUAUAAGAGGAAGGAAAUGAUGAGAAUAACAGAGCAGUGUUUUAAUGAAGAGAACAGAAGGUUUACUGGAGCAUGUCACUGCAGUAUCAAGUUAAGCCUCAUUUUGCUUUUCAGUCCCUUCCUCCUUUUUCUCCGACUCUGGAAAA